AUGGGAGACAUGGAGUUUGCAAAAGAUCAUAAUUCUGCAAUUUUUCUUCAAGAUCCUCCUGCAGCCCACAGUGACUUGAAAUUCAUUGUGGAUGGUUUGAAGAAAUCAUGCCUGGUUCAUUGCUUAACUACAAAUCCGACUAUCUACCAAAUUUUAAUUAAGGAUUUUUGGAGAAAUGCUGAAGUAAAGAAGAAUGAUCGAGGUGAAAAAUUUCUGGAAACCACAAUCGAAGACAAGAGAAUUCUAGUUAGAGAAAGCAUCAUCAGAGAAUCUCUUCAAAUUGAGGACAGACCUGAGUACCUCAUGGAAAUUGAAGUUCAUCAAAGUGAGAAAGUUUUGGAGCAUAUGGGAUACGAAGGAACUUUUCCUCCUACAAUCAAAAAGCUGUUUCCUCCAUGCUGGAGGGUUUUGGCUCAUGUGUUCGUGAGUUGUGUUUCUAGCCGGAGAUCAGGAGCUAACGAGAUUUCUCUAGCCAAUACUGGUGCCAUUGCUGCAUUGGCAGCAUGUUUUCAGUUUAAUUUCUCAAAAUUUAUAAUGAACGAAAUGAUAUUGAAUAUUGAAGGAAGCAAAAGAGACAAAUUUUGUAUGUAUCCAAGAUUUAUACAAAUCAUCCUUAAGGUAACUCACCCCGAGUUGCAGAGAGGAAAUGAUACUCUGGAUUUCAAAUCCAUUAGUCCAAGUGCCUAUGGAUUAAUGAAGCAAAAGAGAGGCGGAAAAUUUGUAUUUGAAGGAAAAUUUCCUUUAAUAAAAUUUGGAAUUUUUAAAGAGGAUGUCAGAGAAGAAACAGCAGAUCAAUCCAUGCUGAUGGAAAAUGAAGACUCUCAUCACUAUCCCUCUGAGCCUGAAGUGGAGGAGAUUCAUCACUCUCCCACAACUUGUGUUGCUGAUGAGCAUGAUCAUCAGAAAGCAAAUGAUUCAAUAUCUUCUCGAGGGGAUGACGACGAUGAUCUUUAUGAAGAUGUAGAGUUUUUGAAAGAAAUCGACUUUACAGGAAUCAAUGAUGAUAUUCCAAUAAACAUCGAGUUUGAUUUUGGUGAUGAAGAUUUUGAUCAUUUUCUUGAUAUUCCCAGUAGCCAUGCAAAUAAAGUCAAUGAAGUUGCUUCUCUAGCAACCAAGACUAGAGAUGAAGGAAAUUCUCUCAAAAUUACGCUCUCUUCCUCAAAGCCCUUGGAAAUUACAACAAGUCAAGGAGAUGUGACAUCAAAGAUUCCUCCCUCUGUGUCACCUGUCUCAACAUCAACUCCAGUCAUUUCUAUGAUAUCUGAACCUCAGACUUCUCAGAUCUCCAUAAGAACAAGCCAAUCUCUUGAGAGUCUGGAGGUACCCUCUCUGAAAAGUGCUCCUCAAAUUAUCUCAACAAUCACUGCAACCACAACUCACUCUCCUUCAAAACAGACUGAUGAAGGUCCAAGCACCAUAGCAAAAGAUGAAGAAAAGACCAAACAAAUCAAGGAUCUACAAACGAGUCUCGGUUCUGUUCUAGCAAACUAUUUCAGUCUGAAGAAUGUAUUGUACGAUGCCUUUGGUGAGAAAGUCAAAGCCAUUUUCAGACAACCUCACAGAGUAGUUGAUCCUCCUUCUGUUCAAUCACCUCUUGCAACUGAUGAUCUACCUGUUGACCCACCUAUUCCAAGAACAACUACCAUUGUAGACAGAUUUGAAAAAGAACCUAAAGGAAGCAGAGCCAGAAUCACAAUCAAGAAGGGCAAAAGAAUCACAAAACAAAGCGAAGGUCUUUUAUUCAUGAAAAACUCUAAUGAAAAUCGCAAAACAAAAGACCCUGUCUUGACAGUAACAGAUUUAAAGAAAAGAAAGUUUGGUGAUAAGUACGGUGACAGAACUGGAAUCCGAAUCUGGGCCUUUGAUCCAGUGACGAACUUGUCGGUUGUAAAGCGAAAAUCAGGAGCAUCUGAAUGUUACAAAAGCACCCAUGAUUUCAAUUCCUGGACCAAAACUGAUCUAGCUGAAUUAUCCAGGGCCCCAUUCCAUAACCCCUCUGCAGAUCCAAAUGCUUCAAAUUUCAAAAGAUUUCUCGACAGACAGGUUAAAGAGAACUUUCCUUCAAUGAAGACUACCAAAGCCCUAUACAAAAAGCACAAAGAUGUUCUUGAUCCAGAAACAGGCGAACCCAUAAAGAUUAUACUUUGGCCUGCAACUAAGAAACAGAAGGAAAUUCCUAUUCCUCAACACUUUCAUGAGGGAUAUCUAGAUGACAUGGAAUUUUGGGCAUAUGAUGACGAAACAGCUACUGCAGCCAUAAAAUUCAAGAAUCGAGAACAUAUUCUGAGAUUGAUUAGUGCUAAAGAUCUUCUACGCUUCAGAGAAAAGGAUAUACGAACUUUGGCCCGUCAUCAUAUCAUUUGCAGAAAGGAUGUCAUGGAGGCUGCUGCUAAAGAAUACACUGCAAUAGUAGCUACAAUUAUAAAUGGAAGAUUGUGGAUGGCUUCAAUGGGGAGAUCAGAUCUGAGGUUGUUUGAGAAGCCCGCUGAGGUGCCAAAGGAGUGA